GUGUUAGCCGGGGCCAUUUUAGUGUUGCACACAGUUGUUUUGUUUACGAAUGCCGAGAAGCUAGCUUAGCUAGCCAUAAACUCGAAGCUACAACAUAUUUUUUUAAACAACUGGUGCUGAAUUUUCACUGAAAUAAAAUGAAACCUGCAGUGGAUGAGAUGUUUCCUGAAGGAGCUGGCCCCUACGUGGAUCUGGACGAGGCAGGAGGCAGCAGCGGCCUGCUAAUGGACCUGGCAGCCAAUGAAAAAGCAGUUCACUCUGAUUUCUUUAAUGACUUUGAGGAUCUUUUCGAUGACGAUGACCUGCAGUGAACGCCAGUGUGAUCAUGUACAUAGAAAAAGAAAUUGUGAAAAUUGGCUUAUUUUCUUUUAUUUGUACAGCCCCUCCCCCCUCCUUUACAUGUCACUCACCAUCAUACUGAAAUAAAGCCUCUUUUCGCUGUCAUGGUGAA